GUUCGGGAGUCGCUGGCGGCCGAGACGGGGCUGACGGUGCGGGUGGUGCAGGUUUGGUUCCAGAACCAGCGGGCCAAGAUGAAGAAAAUCGCCCGGAGGCAACAACAGCAACAACAGCAACAACAACAACAACAGCAGCAGGAAGAGCAGGAAAAGCGGGAGCAGGGUGGGAAUUCCGGGCUGGGAAGCGGGAGAGGGAGCGGCCGGAGCGGUGAUGACGACAAUGAAGAGGCGCCGAGCGUGGGGGGCCUGGAGGGGCUCCUGGCGCCGUUUCCGCCCUGCCCGGCCCUGGAGCAGCAAUUCCCACCCGGAAUGGGAACGAUGGGAAUGAUGGGAACGAUGGGAAUGAUGGGAAUGGGAACCACCCAGCAGCACAACCACUACGCCCCGGCAGGAAUUUUCCAGGAUCUGGAGGGCUCCGGCCUGGCGGAAUUCCUGGGAUCUGGAGCCGAUCCCGCCCUUGGGAACAAUCCCAUCGACCGCCUCUAUUCCAUGCACAGCUCCUACUUCACCUCCUGA